AUGGGGUUGGGGCUGCACUGGGUUUUCUUUGUUGCUCUUUUAAAAGGUGUCCACUGUGAGGUGCAGCUGGUUGAGUCUGGUGGAGGAUUGGUGAAGCCUGCAGGGUCACUGAAACUCUCCUGUGUGGCCUCUGGAUUCACAUUCAGUAACUAUUUCAUGAACUGGGUUCGUCAGGCUCCAGGGAAGGGACUGGAGUGGGUUGCUCAAAUAGAGACUAAAAGUUAUAAUUAUGCAACCUAUUACGCGGAUUCGGUGAAAGACAGAUUCACCAUCUCCAGAGAUGAUACCCAAAGCAUGGCCUACCUGCAAAUGAACAACCUGAGAACUGAGGCCACUGAUAUUUAUUACUGUGCAAGCAACACAGUGAGGAGUCUUCAGUGUGAGCCCAGACAAAAACCUUCCUGCCGGGUUCCCAUGACCAGCAGGGGGCGCUCAGCACACAUAAAGCCCAGGUUCAGGCAUAAUAGAUUAUUUUUUCCUGUUAUCAGGGUGUCCUCUCCAUCUGCUGGUUUUCUUGGGGAUCCUUUUAUAAUUAUAAACUCAGGAAUUGAUCAGCGCCUCUAA